GAAGGCCCUGACAGACAACUUUGACAAUGCCAGAACGUGGAGAGAAAAUGUUUUGAAUGGAUGCCCUGUGCUGAACGAGCAGACCGGAUGGAUCUUCACCUUGAAGCCCUUUGGGACGCUGGUCAAAUCAGCUGAGGAAGAGUCAGCGGCUGCUGAUGGAGACGGUGGACAGGAUGAAGAUGUUGCAGACCAGACUGAGGAGGUGACAUCAUCGUCCAGCAGACCAGAAGCAGGUGAUGUCGUCACGACCCUGCCCACUGAGUGUCUCCAAGCUGCGGUCCAGAAGAAGGUCUUUGAUGUGACGUGUGCAGCAAGAGCUUCAGCCGCCAGCUUCACCUGACGAAGCACGCGGACACCCACAAGGAGCCCUCCACCUGUCCCCGCUGCCCCAGGACCUUCCGCAACGCAGCCACGUUGGAGCGCCACCUGCUGCGGCACGAGGAGAGGGAGCGGCAGAGCUUCGCUGUGCGCGAUCUGUGAGAAGGCGUUCAAGAGCAAGAUGCUCCUCAAGUCCCACGAACUGGUCCACCGAGACGCCCGGCCCUUCGCCUGCGCCACCUGCGGCAAGGCCUUCAAGAGCCGCCAGCGCCUACAGGCCCACUGCGUGGUCCACAGCGCCGACAAACCGCACAAGUGCGAGGAGUGUGGCGAGGGCUUCCGCUACGCCGUGGCGCUGCGCGGCCACCGUAGCGUCCACACAGGCGAGUAUCCUCACAAGUGCGGCGUGUGUGGCAAGGCCUUCGCCAAGAAGCGCUCGCUGGGCACGCACAUGGCCGUGCACCGGGGGAAGAUGUUCACGUGCGAGACGUGCGGCGCCGGCUUCACACUGCGGCAGAACCUCAAGCGGCACUCCCGCAUCCAUACAGGAGAGCGUCCGUUCAAAUGCCACGUGUGCGGCGUGAGCUUCGUGCAGGACAAGCUGAAAGCCCACAUGCUGCUCCACGGCGCAUCCAAGACCUUCAUGUGCGACCUCUGUGGAAAGACUUUCCUCUACAACUGCCAGCUCCAGAAGCACCAGCAGCUGGUCCACCUACCGGGGGACGGCCACGGCCAGGCGGCGCGCAGGCGGGCAGGUGCGCGUGCGUCCCGCACGGUAAUCUUCCGGCGGACAGGACCACAGUGGAGCACGCCCUCAAGUCGCACAAACUGCAGCACAACGGGCGAGAAGCCUCACAGGUGCGAGCAUUGCGGGAAGGCCUUCCGGGUCUACACCAACUACCGCCGACACCUGAGGAUCCACACGGGCGAGAAGCCGUACCAGUGCGAGGUGUGCGGCGUGCGCUUCCGGCAGCUCGGCCACGUCAAGUUCCACAUGCAGGUGCACACGGGGGAGCGGCCCUACGUCUGCCACACCUGUGGGCUCGGCUUCUCCGACUCCAGGCAGCUCAAGAGACACGACUGCGCCCAGAACGUGCUGGUGACCUCACUGAAGCUGGGGAAAUUAAAGGUUGUGCGGCGGCAGCUGCUGCAAAGGUAUGAACACCAGCCCUUCGUUUCCUGUCUGGCUGGCCUUUAUGGUUGCCAAUGGAGACGAUAUCAGAGAGCUCGGGCCCAGCCGGGAGAGUGCUGCUGCAGCAAGGUGGAGUGUGGGAGCUUUGGCCUCCUGAUCCUCACCUUUUUUUUGUCUCUAGUGUUUCUUUAUUUCUGGAUUGAAGCUCAAAAUGACUACAAUGACUUUGACUGGUUCAACUUUGGCACUUUGGGCUUCUGGUUCCCCUGGUCUUUAGUCUUGCUGGUUGUGGCUGCUGCACUCUUCACAUACAUUGCACUAUUACUGGUGUUGGCUGUGUGUCUGUUGUCAGAGGGUCAAAGGUUAUACCUUCACUGGAGCCACAAGACUGGUAUCAUAGUGACGUUGGUGUUCUCUGCAAUUGCCACGGCCAUCUUGUCUGACCUCUGGAGCAAAGAAUGGACAACUCUCCUUCUUUCCCUGCAGGUUACAGCACCUGUCCUACAUGUAGCUGCAGUUUCACUGAUGGCCAUCAUCUCCUGGCCGAUAGCUUUGCACUUCUUCCGCAUGAACAACAGAGCGCGUCAGGUGGCAGUUCUGGGUGUCUACCUGUCCGGGCUUUUCUCCCUCUACCUGGUCCCUCUAGGAAUGUACUCUCCCUGCAUUAAAGACUCAGGAACGCUGGGAGCCGCCCCAAUGCUCAUUGGUCACCGAGGAGCACCGAUGCUGGCUCCAGAGAACACGCUGAUGUCUUUUGAGAAGGCGGUGGAAGCUGGAGGAGACGGACUAGAGACUGAUGUUACCAUCAGUUAUGACGGUGUUCCCUUCCUGAUGCAUGACUCUACUUUGAGGAGAACCACGAACAUUGCAGAGGUUUUCCCAAACCGAACGUACUUUAACGCCUCCAUGUUCACCUGGGCAGAGCUUCAGCAGCUGAAUGCCGGAGACUGGUUCUUAUCUAGGGACCCAUUUGGAACAGUGUCUUCUUUAACCGAGGUGGAUCGCAACCAAGUCAAGAACCAGUCCAUUCCCUCCCUGGCACAGUUUCUGCAGGUAGCAGCUCGAAGUGGCAGACAAGUGCUGUUUGACCUGCGCAGACCACCUUUUGGUCAUCCCUACUGUCAUUCAUACAUCAACAUCACACUGCAGGUGGUGCUGAACAACAUCAACUCAUCUCAGGUGCUGUGGCUUCCAUCUCAGGACAGGGAGCUUGUCCAGGCUGUGGACCCAGAGCUGCAGCAGACUUCUGGACAAAGAUGGUCCAUUCAGGAGCUGUUAGAUGGUCACAUUACUACUCUAAAUCUGCACUACAGCAGCAUGUCACAGGAGCAGAUCAGCAAAUACCGCUCUGUGAAUAUCAGCACUAACCUGUAUGUGAUCAGCCAGCCAUGGCUCUACACUCUGGCCUGGUGUGCUGGAGCUCAAUCUCUUACCACCAACUCCAUCCACAUCUUGUCCAACAUUGACAAGCCUCUCUUCCUCAUGACCCCUGAGGAAUAUACUCUGAUGUGGAUCCUAACUGAUGCUGUUUCUGCAAUACUCAUCAUCUCAAUUUUCAUUUUCCAUUGGUGGAGAGAGAGAGGCCUGCCCUUCCUGUCAGGUAGUCGUCAGACUCAUGAGAAUGGACCAUACAGCAAAUUUAGGACUGAGCUCAGCGAUGUCUGGUCCAUCUCUGGUGUCAACGUUCAGCCCGAACAGCACAGCACGCCCACUUUACACACUAACCCCCACCUGCCCACCAUCACAGAGGAGUGACAGAAAUGCACAUAAUAGUUAUCAUUAUGUUAUAUUUUUUUCAUUUUAACUGAAAUCUUAAGCACAGUGUAACUUAGCCAGAGAUGUUUCUGAUAUUUUGCCACCAAAAGUGUGGCGAUAUGCAGCAGUGUGGGCUUUUUUUUUUAAACACCUUUCACCUUUCAGAUGACUGCCUCCAGCUGCUGAGCCCAACAUCAUGCACUUAAAUACCAAGUGGGACGGUCCAAAGACUUCCGAGCUCAUUAAUCCCACAACUUUUUCCACACUAGCUGCUCUGAUACGCUUGAACUUUUUUAAUGGUGAGCUCAGCCACAAGACAAUGAUAUCUCACUUUUACAGUGGACGAAACCAAACAUUCACCAGCUGUCUCACAUGGACAAGUGAAAGUGAGACUCAGAGAGAGUCAAAGCUGAUGAUAUAAAGUGGAAUUGUGCUCCAGGAGAAGUUAAAACAGACAAGACCUUCUCAGUUGGACUUUUACUUUUCUUUUUCAGAUGUACAGGUGCCCAGAGAAUUUUAAUUAUUGUGUGAUUUGUUGAUGGCAGAUGGAUUGACUGACAGAAUGAAUGUACCACGAGGAUCUCAAAAAGGUAUCUCUGGUUGUGGACUUUGUAUUCAACUAAAUUUGUGGAGGCCAUAUUUGUAAAAAUGUAUUCUGAGGGUUGGUCUGACAUUUCAGUUUGCUGCUAGGCGAGUGCCAAAUGUUUGAGAAUGAAGUCCAACAUGCUUUUUCUGUUGUGAGAAUGAAGUCCAACAUGCUUUUUCUGUUGGCAGUGAACACAGCAUCUUCAGUGACAUUUAUUUUGUGUUGUCCCAACCUAAGUCAACCGUUAAACGUGUCCCAACCUUUCAUUGGAAUGACUUCUGUGAGAUGUUUAGGGAUGUGUCUGCAAGUGCUGGACAUGAAGAAGGAAGUGAGAAAGUAAGUGCAAUUACUUAAAGAUUCAAAACCAAUGGGUAAAGCGUACAAAGGCGGAGGUUAGUUUAUUGAAAUUAGCCACAGGGACCAGGAAUUUUAUUUCAGUAUUGAAAUUAGCCACAAGGAAACUUUAGACCGGGAAUUUUAUUUUAGUAUAAUAGUUUCUGUUAGGAAUACAUUUCUUAAUUUUAGCCACAAGAAACACCAAGUAGACCCAAGAGUUUAAUUUCAGUAUAACAGUUUUCGUUAGGAAUACAUUUCUCAGUUGUCUUUAUAGCCGGAAUGUUUUUCUUCCCGUUAAGGAAGAGCUAAAUACAGCGUAGAGAAGAUGCAUAAAAGCUUUACAUUCAGAGAUGUUUUGCCAUAUCCUGCUUAAAGAGAACAGCUCUCUUAAAUGUGUUAUAUUUAACAGUGUGGCUCAGUUGCUAGAGCAGCAGUCCAGAAACUCAAGGGUUUCUGCUACAAAUCCAGCUUCUGCCAUCCUAGUCACUGGCGUGUCCUGGGGCAAUACUCUUCACCCACCUUGCUCCCAGUGCCCCCCACACUGGUGUAUUAGUAUUUGGUGGUGGUCAGUCUACCCCUGGGCAGCAGUGGCUAAGAAAGCAGAUUACCACCAUCACUGUGAAUGUGGGCAGAAUGAAUGAUGGGUUCUCAGUGCAACACGCUUUUGAGUCACUAGAAAAAAGCACUAUAUAAAUCAAACCCAUUUAUUUAUUUUUCAGUGCAUAUUACAAACCCCAAAUUAUUUGACUGUAUUGAGCAAAAAUUAAAAAUUUGACCCAUUUUUGCUGUUUUGUUCAAAUGCUGAAUGAUGAUAUUGGUACAUUGUGAAAAAGUCUGAAUUCUAAAUUCUGAUUGUCUUUGUCAACUGUUAUUAAAACAAAAUGUGGUUGCUGGGAAAA